AUGGUGGCGGACAUUGGAGAUGAGCAGUCGUUGGAGGAGAGCCUCUCCACCUUCAGCGCCCACAUGCGCCGUGUCUCCCUGCUUCUGGACGAGGCGGGCAGUGGCUCGGAAGAGCGUACACUACUCACGCUCGCCACCACUUACUACGCUGACCUUGAGAAGCUCAGGGUACGUAAGGGUCUCCCAUGCGCUCUCCUCUGUCUGACCAGUCUUCUAACACCCCCUUAUUCCCUUCACCCUCCUGUCUCUGUCCCCUCCUUCCGUCAGGCGGCCGAUUCCCGGUUUGAGAAUGCCAGUGUUGCAUUCGACCCGGUCUCCCUGCGCCCCUCCUUCCACAUCCUCUGGGGUCUCCCCGGCACCUCCCACGCCCUCUCCCUCGCUGCCUCCCGCGGCCUGCCUCCUUCCCUCGUCGCCAGAGCCGCCAGGCUGGCCCGUGCUGCGACAAGGGAGGAGAUUUCCCGCGUUGUUGCCGCUUUUCAGGAAGCCUCCCUUGCUGGUGUUCCGGAGCGGGCGGCGACGGACCAGGCAUGUGCUGACGUGGCAGCGGUGGCGGCUUUGACGGGCCUCUCUCCCGAAGCUGACUCUGCCGCAGGUUCAGGUGGUUCGGCAGGAGGUUCGGCGGGAGACCCAGGAGGGGCGGACUGGGUUCCUGCUCUGGGGGAGCCUGUGUACGUGAAGAGGUUAGGCACCAGUAUGCGUGGUACGGUGAUGGCAGUGGGUGGUGGUCCGGGAGAAGGCUGGGGAGAAGGUUCAGGUUCGGCAGCAGCGGCUCGGUCAGUGACAGUUCAACUGGGGAACUUGAGAAUGCACGUGCAGAGAGCAGACCUGCUUCCUGCUGCUGAUGGCAGUGGUGGUGGAGAGGCAGGAAGGAGGGGGGGAACAAGUGGGCUGUUUGGCAGCCAAUGGGAGGAAGAUGACUACAGCAACAGCAACACCAACUCAUAUAAGACGCGUGUCUCGAAGCGUGGCGGUCACCAUAUCAGCAUUCCGGCUUGCCUGAUAGUAUUCCACGUCGUGUCAACCUGCCUUGUGCCACGGGCACGCCCCCCUGCUUACGCUCAGCAGAGAACGGUUGGUGGGUGGGUGCAAUGA